UCUAGUUUCCAGUUCCGGCCUCACAAGGGCGGGGAGAAGCUGUGGACAUGCGGCUGUCGGUCGCCACUGCCAUUUCCCAUGGCCGCGUAUUCCGCCGCCUGGGUCUUGGUCCCGAGUCCCGCAUCCACAUGUUGCGGAACUUGCUUACGGGACUGGUGCGACACGAACGCAUCGAGGCGUCAUGGGCGCGCGUGGACGAGAUGAGAGGCUACGCCGAGAAGCUCAUCGACUAUGGGAAGCUGGGAGACACCAACGAACGAGCCAUGCGCAUGGCUGACUUCUGGCUCACGGAGAAAGACUUGAUCCCAAAGCUCUUUCAAGUACUGGCCCCUCGAUACCAAGGUCAGAAUGGGGGCUACACGAGAAUGCUGCAGAUCCCAAAUCGGAGUGAACAGGAUCGGGCCAAGAUGGCGGUGAUUGAGUAUAAAGGGAACUGCCUCCCACCUCUGCCCCUGCCUCGCAGAGACAGCAACCUUACGCUCCUGAACCAGCUGCUGCAGGGGCUGCGGCAGGACCAGAAAGCAAGCAUCCACAGCUCCCACACAGCUCAAACACCAGGGAUUUAACUGGAGCCCAAGGGUGUAUGGCACUCAUCAGUGCCGUGAUCACAGGCCUUUGGAGCACUUUUAAUUUCUGAGAAGAACUGGAGCUCAAGUUGUAAAAUGGACAACUUAAUGGAGCCCAGAACCUUCUGGGAGCCAGAAAACCCUCUCUUUGCACAACAGAUAAAAUUCCUUGUAUGAAUACGUGUGAACUGACUUUUUUUCUCUCCUUGGGAUUUCUGGAGAAUGAAAACUAGCCAAAUGCUCAGUCUCUGUAGGCUAGUAAAUUCACAGCGUGUGUUUCUGGCUCUUA